AUGAGUGACGACACAGAAAAUUCAAAAAUGUACAUAUCGUACAACAACAUCCAUCAAUUGUGUCAGGAGGCUGCUGAUAAAAUUAAAAAGUUUAACCCUGACUUGAUUAUUGCUAUUGGUGGUGGUGGCUUCAUACCUGCUAGGAUGUUGAGAACUUUUUUGAAAGAGCCUGGCAAGCCGAAUGUGAGGAUCAUGGCGAUUAUCUUGUCGUUAUAUGAAGAUCUUGGCACUGUAGGAAAUCUGGUAGAAGAGCCUGGUACUAAAGUCGUUCGUACCCAGUGGCUAGACUAUGCUCAAUCAAAAGUUGAUCUAGUCGGUAAGAAUAUCCUUAUUAUUGAUGAAGUUGAUGAUACAAGGACUACAUUACAUUAUGCUGUAUCUGAGUUAAAAAAAGAUGUUGAAGAGCAAGCCAAAGCUAAAAAUGCAGAUCCUAAGGAUACUAAAUUUGGAAUAUUUGUAUUGCAUGAUAAGAACAAGAAGAAGAGAGCAACAUUACCUGAUGAAAUCAUGAAGACAGGAAACUAUUUCGCAGCAAGAACUACUCCAGAUUGUUGGAUCGCUUAUCCAUGGGAAUCAAAUGAUAUUGUAUACCACACCAAGAAAGCACUUGAACAAGGAAAUGAUGUAUUCAUUCCUUCAAGUAAGACGUGA